AUGAAGACUUUCAGAAUCAUUAAGGCCGUGGGCUUGGUGUAUCUUGCAUCCAGCGUCACGCAACACUUUGUUUCUGCCGAAAUCACAGGCCUGGAUGCUACUCUACCAGGCUUUGAAUGGACGCCUCCCAAAUCACCCAGGAAGUUUGAGGGCCCUGACGUCGCCUGGUCUCGCCCCAUGGGUCUCAUUGAGCGCCCUGGUGAGAUUCCUGAUGACGAUGAAAUCUGGGUUUACUGCAACAGAUAUUCAUACGAUAUCGGUGAUACGGUUAAGCUGAAAGUUCACACAACGGCAGCCACAUACGACAUCGACAUCAUCCGAGACGGCAAUAAGCCGCGCACUGUUUACAGCAAGCAAAACCUCACCGGAGUUCAACAGGAGACUCCUGAGUAUGCUUUCGCCAGGGGCUGCAAUUGGAAAACGACUCUCAACAUCACGCUGGAUCGUACAUGGGAACCGGCAUUCUAUCUCGUCAUAGUGCGUAUACAGGAGGCUACAGGCCGCCCAAAAGAACGCGAAGGCUUCUUCAUCGUCAAAUCGUCUCAAAGACAUGGAAAAGAGAGUCAAAACACCACUGAGGAAGACAAUGCCGACUUGGUCUUGAUCCACACUACCUCGACACUGAACGCGUACAAUGACUGGGGUGGUGCGAACCACUACCGCGGGAUCCCUGACGGAUAUCUGAACGACAUUGCCAGCUACGUCGUUUCCACCCAACGCCCCAUCUCUCGCGGCCAUCUCAGGAUCCCAAGGAACGCCCCUCGGCAAUCGACAGGCGACUAUGCGUAUCAGGUCCCGCGGGGCUGGAGUCCUCGCUACAUGAACUACGAGUACGCUUGGUACUUCAGAUACUCCAGACACUACGCAGACGCAGGCUGGGCUUCAUACGAGCGACCCUUUACAGUCUGGGCCGAACGUGAGGGUUAUAGGGUGCAUCAUCUCACGCAGGCCGAUCUUCACGCCGAGCCCAACGCUCUCAACGGCUAUUCGACGGCAGUCAUUGUUGGCCACGACGAGUACUGGUCGUGGGAAAUGCGUGACACACUCGACAACUACGUCGACGCUGGAGGCAACCUGGCGCGCUUUGCUGGCGACUUCCUCUGGCAAGUCCGUCUCGACGACAAGCUCGAAGCGCAGUGGUGCUACAGGACCGUGGACGCCGAUCCCACUGCAAACCAGUCACGAGUGACGUCUUCUUGGGAUACCGUUGGCCGACCUGCUGCUUUGACGAUGGGGCUCACCGGUAUCACUGGCGUCUACGCUCGAUACGGUGUCGCGCCCCCGCGGUCUCACGGCGGCUUCCAGGUUUAUCGAGAUAAACACUGGGCUCUCAACGAGACCGAUUUGUACUAUGGUGAUGUCUUUGGGAUGAACCCGAUCAAUAUCUGCGCUUUCGAGGUGGAUGGCGUUGAUUACACCUUUCGCGGGGGUCUUCCGUUCCCCACCGGCACGGAUGCCGCUCCGCUGGACAUGGAUAUCAUCGCUAUGUGCCUUGCGGUUCGCGUUGAGGAAGACCGUUACGGCGGUAUGGAGCCCAUUGGUUCUGGAGCAUUAUCCGGUUCCGCACUUAAUUCCGAACCUCUGUAUGGAUCUGGUAUGGUCGUGAACUUCAAGCGCGGGAAAGGCGAGAUCUUCAACGCAGAGCAGUUGGCCGGCACUUUCAACAAAACAUUCCUCUGGUGGAUCAAUGCAAUCAUCAUCAAAGGAAAUAAGUUCAUACUGACAGAAGAUAAUCUUCCAUCUAUCGACCAGAAGCUCUCAUCGGAAUUGCUGCGUCGUCGAGCUCUGCAAGCAUGGGAUCAAAGACCCAAACCUGAGACGAGAACAACUUUGCCGAGUGCCUUAGCUCGAAGCCUCCUGUCCGCCUUUCUUGCCCCCGUUCUUCCUCGACUAGCCCUGAUCGCCUUUCGCUACGCCCAACCAGUUCUUAUCAGUACUGCGAUUCGCUACAUAGGCCAACCAUCCAUCGAAGUAUCGGCCUCGGGGCUUUCCAUCAUCGCACUAGCUGCAGUCGUGUACAUCGGCUUGGCUCUAUCCAGCGUUCUGUACUAUCAUCGUCUGAAUCGACUGAAGGUAAUGACAAGAGGCGCAGUUGUCGGUCUCAUCAACAACAAGCUGCUGAUGCAGCAUUCCACCGGAUAUGAUGACGCCCGGGCUGUGACUUUGAUGAGCACUGAUGCAGAGAAUGUCGGCCACAGCGGCCGAAUGUUCCAUGAGACCUGGGCACAGGUUGUAGAAGUUGUGAUUGGUACAGUUAUGCUGGCCCGACAGGUUGGAUGGGCUUGUGUAGUACCGUUUGUCAUGAUUUUCUUCUGCUCUCGAAUGAGCCGGUACCUGGCCAAGAACCUACAAUGGAAGCAGAAGGACUGGAACGAAGCCACUCAAAAACGCUUGGCGAUGACGGCCUCGAUGGUCUCUUCCAUGAAGAGCUUGAAGAUGCUUGGAGUCACAAACUACACGGAGUCUCUGGUUCGUGAUCUGAGAAUGAAGGAGCUAGACAUGGCCAAGCGAGUCCGGUGGAUGAUGGUUUUCUCCAACGCCAGUGCAAAUGCACUUGGGAUAUUCUCCCCAGUUCUUACCCUCGUCGUAUUCGUGGUGAUCGCCACAUUCAAUCACUCCCGGCUUGACACGGAGACCGCUUUCACGACUACUGCGUUGCUUGGACUCGUAACGCAUCCAGCAAACAUGAUUAUGUCGAUUAUACCACAGGCAAUUGGCUCUCUAGCCGCCUUCGAACGCAUCCAAGAGUAUCUCGUACAGCCGCCUCGUGUUGAUCAGAGAGUGGUCUUGAAGAAGACCCAGGAAGAGCCCACAGAAGCCACGCCGGCCCUUUGCCUUCAGGGCGUCACUAUUCAACAGAGCACAUCGGCAUCUCCAAUUCUAACCGACAUCAACUUGACUAUCCAAACAGGAUCAAUUGUGAUGUGUUCUGGCCCGGUGGGUAGCGGCAAAUCUAUCUUGGCCAAGACGUUGAUCGGCGAAUUCCGCGUGGCUUCCGGAACCGUGUCAGUCUCGUCAAAGCGUAUUGCUUACUGCGAUCAGUCGGCUUGGCUGCCCAGCGGAACGCUGCAGGAAGCCAUCUGCGGCUUCAUGCCGGAAGACACAGAUUGGUUCGACGAGGUCACUCGACUCUGCUGCCUCGACGAGGACCUCGCGGAGCUUCCCCUCGGAAGUCAAACACAAGUAGGAAGUCGUGGCUCAAAUCUCUCAGGAGGACAGCGACAACGCGUCGCGCUUGCGCGCGCGUUGUAUUCCCGCUGCGAAAUCGUGGUCUUGGAUGACACUUUCAGUGCUCUUGACGGCAAGACUGAGCAAAAGAUUGUGGCGAAUCUGUUUGGUUCAGAGGGCGUUUUCAGAAACGCCAAAUCAACCGUCUUCGUCAUUGCACGCUCCGCUCAAUUCUCCAAACUCGCCGACAGUUUGAUACUUCUUGAUGGCGGCUCGAUCACCUACCAGGGCACUUGGGAUGACCUAUCGAAAACGCCAGACAUUUCUCGCAAGUUCCAGGCGGAUAAAUCACAUGACACCGAUAUUGAGGACAAUGCAAAAGUAGACAAAACUGUGCAGAGCCAGAGCUUGAAGGUUGCAGAAGCCGUGUCAGAUCUUAGCAGGGCAACAGGAGACUUCUCACUCUACGGGUACUACAUGAAGGCUGUGAGCAUGCGCAACUUCAUGCUCCUUCUGGCCUGCACUGCAUCCUACUCAUUCUUCGUUACGUUCCCUCAAUACUGGCUUCAAAAGUGGACCGAGGCACCCGAGUCGAAAACAUGGUUCUUCGUUGGAGGCUAUCUCAUCUCGACAUUUCUGGCGUGGACUGCUACGAAUGGUUCCAUGUGGUCUACUUGGAUUCUCGUUGCGCCUCGCUCAGGAGCCGAACUCCAUCGCCGGCUUCUUUCAACUGUCAUUGGGGCACCUCUCUCAUUCUUCUCCAACACUGACACCGGUGUGAUACUCAAUCGAUUUAGCCAAGAUAUCCAGCUUGUUGACAGACAGCUUCCACCUGCAAUCUUAUCCAUCUCCAACCAGGUCUUCAAGCUCACCGUUCAGUUGGUAUUAUUGUUUAGUGCCCAGAAGCUGAUGACAAUGACUCUGCCUCUCUGUGUGGUGAUCGUCUACAUCGUGCAGAAAGCGUACCUGCGAACGUCAAGACAACUAAGAUUUCUGGAUCUCGAGUCUCGGUCAGCAGUCUAUUCUAGCUUCUUGGAAUCGGUCGAAGGCUUGGUGACCAUCCGAUCGUUCGGCUGGGAGAAACAGGCCGAAAAUGCCAACAUUAUGUGUCUAGACAGGUCUCAACAACCUUCUUACAUAUUAUUAUGCCUCCAGCAAUGGUUGUGUGUCGUCCUUGAUCUUAUGAUUGCCGCCUUGGCAACAGGUAUCAUUGGUCUAGCCGUGGUGGUGAAGGGAACGACGACGGCAGGGCAGAUUGGCAUGGCGCUGAACGUUGUUUUGGUCGCAAACUCAACUCUGCUGAGCCUCGUGUCUUCCUGGACAAACCUGGAGAUAUCUCUUGGCGCUAUGUAUGAGUUCCCGCUGCCCACCUUCCCGACCCUGCUAAUGCGAAGCAGAUCCCGUUUGAAGAGCUUGGAAAACGAUACUCCAAGAGAAGAACAGCCCAAGGAGGACUAUGAGCCCGAUCAUCCUUGGCCAUCUUCUGGAACUGUUGAGCUUAACAACGUCACGGCGGCAUACAAUGACGAAGCAGUGGCUCUACGAAACGUCUCUCUCAAAACCUUGGCAGGCCAGCAACUGAUCAUUUGCGGCCGCACAGGCAGCGGUAAAAGCACUGUUAUGUUGACGCUUCUGCGACUCCUGGAUCUCAAGUCUGGAACCAUCUCAGUCGACGGAGUCAACCUGGGCCUGGUGCCUCGCUCCCUUGUUAGACAGAAGUGCUUCAUUACAGUCAGCCAAGAUCCCUUCAUCUUUGGCCAAGCCAGCCUUCGCUUCAAUCUAGAUCCUUCGGAGUCUCUUUCAGACGAGGCCAUCAUCGAAGCCCUUCGGCGAACAGACCUUUGGUCGCAUUUCAAGUCAGGACGCUCCGAACUUUCUCCAGUCGAAGCCAGUCAGAUUUUGGACACCUCGAUUGCUUCACUGGCGCAAAUGUCAACCGGACAGACUCAGUUGUUUGCACUCACUCGAGCGCUUCUGAAGCUACAUCAACUGAGUACUAGAUCGAUCUCACCGGAGACCCCGUCAACUGGCAGACGAGCCAUGCCUGUUCUGCUGCUUGAUGAGGCCACGGCUUCACUCGACCCAGAGACCGAAUCUGUCAUGCAUAAAAUCAUACGCGACGAGUUCACGGACAAGGGUCACACGGUUAUCGCCAUCACCCAUAGGUUGAGUGGAGUGGCUGACAGUUUACGGCAACAAGAUGCAGUUGCAAUUUUGUCGCAAGGGAGAGUUGAGAAGGUCGGGCCUGUACAAGAUGUGCUGGGAAAGACGGGCUGA